AUGAAAACGGCAGCGUUAGUUCUGUGCCUGGUAGGAGCAGCCGCCGCUCAAUACGGAAACCAUGAGCACCACGAAGAGCACAAAGAACAUAUCGUAGAUUACUACGCCCACCCAAAGUACAAAUUCGACUACGGAGUUCAUGACUCCCACACCCACGACGUGAAGAAGCAGGAAGAGACCAGGGAAGGAGACGUGGUCAAGGGCUACUACUCCCUCUACGAACCCGAUGGUACCGAGAGGAUCGUCCACUACACCGCAGACAAGAAGAACGGUUUCAACGCCGUCGUAGAGAGGAAAGGACACGCUGUCCAUCCUCAUGUAAAAGGAUCUACUGAGACCUUCUUCAAGCAUCAUCAUGAACAUCAUGAUCACCACUAUUAG